AUGGGAAACUCCGGAUCCGUCAUCGCGCCUCGUUCUGUUCCUGCGCUCAUCGAGAAGCGGGCAACCGCCAUUUAUGUCUCGCCGUCUGGCAGCGACUCUAAUGCCGGAACUUUGGAUGCACCCCUCAAGUCUAUCCAGACCGCUAUUAACAAAGCUGUAGCAGGAGAUACCAUCUACCUCCGAGGUGGAACCUACUCAUUGACCACUAACCUUCAAAUCACGAAGAACGGUACUGCAAGUGCCAAGUACACGCUCACCAACUACCAAUCAGAAAAGGUCACUAUUGACGGAGAGGGCCUGCCUUACACCCCUGCCGAGCUUGGAGGCAGUAUCCCCAACAAGGAUCGUGGAAUUCUUCACAUUGAGGGCUCUUACUGGCGGUUCAUUGGCCUCGAAUUGAUCAACGGUCCAUACGGUGUAUUCUCGCGUGACGCUUCUAAUAAUUACUACGAGCGCAUCAGCGCACACGACAACUACGAGACUGGCUUGCAAAUUCAAGGCGCCGCAAGCAACAACAUCGUUGUCAACGUCGACAGUUACAACAACCGUGAUCCACGUAAGAAUGGCGAAAGCGCAGACGGAAUCGGUAUCAAGGAAGGCUCCGGGACUGGAAACGUGAUUCGCGGCUCGCGGUUCUGGAACAACGUUGAUGAUGGCCUCGACUUUUGGGAGUUCUUGUCGCCUGUUACAGUUGAAAACUGCUACUCUUGGGGUAAUGGGUUCAACCGGCAAGUCAUUGCUCCUAACAGAUGGGGAUUCAGUCCCUUUGAGGGUGAUGGCAACGGCUACAAACUCGGCGGUGGUGCAAAGGACACACCCGUCGCACACGUGGUCAAAAACAGCAUUGCUUGGAAUAACGCCGCCGGUGGAUUCGUAGAUAACACCCAACCAGGAAAGAUGCAGAUUUCGAGGAACACGGCCUGGAACAACAUUGGUGGUUCGGGCUUUGACUUUGCUGAUUCAUCGGCUGCAAUUGGUCUUUAUAAUAAGAAUAACUAUCUCUCUGGCUCUGGAAGCGCCAGCGGCAACUCGUGGCAAUCCGGCACCUGGAGCAACUCUUCCUUCAAGAGCGUCGACUCCAGUAUUCUUACUGGACCUCGCAACUUAACCGGAGGUAUCAUUCCUUCAAACUUCCUGCUCCCCACAUCGGGCGCAGCGAUUGGCGCAAGUUACUAA